AUGGCACCGCGAUCAUACUCCAAGACUUACAAGGUCCCUCGUCGACCCUUCGAAUCAGCUCGUCUAGAUUCGGAAUUAAAGAUUGUCGGCGAAUAUGGCCUGCGCAAUAAGCGCGAAGUCUGGCGUGUCCAGCUUAUUCUGUCCAAGAUCCGUCGUGCUGCUCGUGAGCUCUUGACCCUCGACGAAAAAGACCCCAAGCGUCUCUUCGAAGGCAACGCCCUCAUUCGACGACUCGUCCGUGUCGGUGUGCUUGACGAGUCCCGCAUGAAACUCGAUUACGUGCUGGCCUUGAAGGUAGAGGACUUUUUGGAACGUCGACUACAAACCUGCGUAUACAAGCUGGGACUGGCUAAGUCGAUCCACCAUGCCCGUGUGCUCAUCAAACAGCGCCACAUCCGCGUCGGCAAGCAGAUUGUCAACGUCCCCAGCUUUGUCGUCCGUUUGGAUUCCCAGAAACAUAUCGACUUUGCUCUCACGAGUCCGUUUGGUGGUGGGCGUCCUGGUCGUGUUCGGAGAAAGAAGGCCAAGGCUGCAGAGAAGAAGGAUGAUGACGAGGAGGAGGCUGGUGAUGAUGAAGAAUAG